UUUUUAUUUCUAUGGUCGAAAUACGUAAUAAACAACAACAACAAAUAUGUUGAGGUGUCAUUAAAAUUUAAGACGUUUUGUUUGCAAUGAAUUCAGUUUCAUAAGAUGUCUUGGUUAAACAAUCUUGCUGGUAAGGCUGAGUCACUGUUGAACAAUAUUGACCAGUCUGCUGCAGAAGUAAUACAUAAGACUGUGGAACAAGAAGAAGAAGUGGGCGUUACUGCACCUGUUGAGGACCAACUUAACAAAUCUUUCCCACAAAGCUCUCACGCAGCAGCUAAUGCGAAAUCUGCCCAAUUGUCGAGAGCAAAGGCACACACUUUGCGGCGAGCUGCAGAAAUUGGGAAGAAAAAGAAAGUAGAAGACGCGCUUUUUGACUUUUUAAACAGCGAUGAAAAGAUAACCAGAUCAAGAAGUGUUCCUGUGACGCCCAGAAUAACAAAGUCAAAAUCUGAAUCUGGAAAACUUUCAAGUUUAAGUCGUUCUUCUUCUACUGCUGAUGUCGACUCUAAAGGUUCACCAAAUGUGCCUUCGACAUUCGAAAUUUCUAGAAGUUCCAGUUUUGAAUCAAUAAAUUCCAAAGUAAUGUCGAAGUUAAACGAAGAAAUUGGAUCUGCUGCUGCAGAACAGCAUGAAACACCUUCUGAAGGAGAUGCAAUGACUCUUCCUGACUCCACCGCCUCCGAGAGUGAGUUUGAGAUGGUUGGGAGCUCGGCAGCUCGUUCGGAUCGCGAUUCACCCUCUACAAGCUCCAUCGCUGAAUCUGCAUCAAUGAUGCAGCAACCAUCUAAUGAUAUAGGAAUGGAGAACAGGAUGUUGAGAACAGAGCUCGCAUCAUUGCAUCAGGAACUUACACAAACCAGUGAGCGGAGCAAAAAGAUCCGAGAAGACCUCCAACAAACAAACAGAGACUUAAGAAAUCAGUGUGAAGAUUUACAAGAAGAGAUAAAAGUGAAACAUUCUCAACUUUCUGCAAUAAGCAUGAAAUUAAGUGAAGUACAACAACUUUAUGAACUUGAAAAGGAAAACACAAAACAACUAAAAGUUGAAAAUGAAAGGCUCUUCCUGGAUCAGAGUGAAGGAUCAGGGAUGCACGCAAGAGCUAUGGAAGAGCUAAGAUCAAGACUGCAAGAAGCAGAAGACACUUUGGCUCAGGAGAGAAAUUUUAGGAAUGAUGAACGACAAGAAGCGUUAAACCAAAGAAGUAGAAUUGAAUCAGAAACGCAGAAGAUUGUGGAAACACUGCAAAAAUCGGAACAUGACAGACAAAGUGAAAAACGUAAAUUGGAUGACAUAUCUACUGAGAUAAGAAGUUUGAAAAACAAUUUAUCCUCUUCAAAACAAGAACUCGCCGACUACAAGCAAAAAGCUGCGCGAAUAUUACAGUCUAAGGAACGAGUUAUUGCAAGUUUGAAGGGAAGCGGUGAAAAUGAUUUAUCAUCGUCCACGAUCAACUCCCUAGAGGCAGAGGAAGCGAUGCAGGAGCGGGAUCAAGCUAAGGAUGAAAUUAACUCCUUGAGGAUCGAGAUCAGUGACCUCCGUUCAGAGAUGCAGGAAGUUGAAGAGCAACAUCAGGAAGAUAUGUCUUCCAUGCAUCAGGAGCUAUCGGAGUACAAGAAAAACUUCCAAAUCGAAUCUUCCGGAAGAAGAGAAGCGGAUGCGGAAGUCUCUCGUCUCCAGGAGGAAAUACGACGAAAUGAGGAAGAUUUGAUCCGAAGCAGAUCUUCAAAUCAAGCGAGGUUGAGAGAUAAAGAGGUGGAAGUUGAAAGAUUAAGGAAUCAGCUGAUGGUACGAAGCCAAAGUUCCCCCCAAGAAAGUGAAUUAGAAUCGAGAUUACGUCAAUUAACUGAGGCCGUCAUACAGAAGCAAACACAGGUUGAAUCUCUUUCAUCGGAGAAGUCGUCACUUAUUGUACAGAUGGAAAGAAUGGAGGGCCAGAUUAAACGUUUAAGUCAAGAGGGUGGAAGGCAAGUGUCGUUGAACAUGGAAGAUGAUGUAGUUCGUAACCGUGGUAACAUGUCUCAUAUACCUGAGUUUGGUGGUGGUGGUUUGGACCAAGGAAUGGUUGGUAAAGUAAGGAAAGCAGCUUCAGUGUUGGACAAGUUCAGUAUUCGACUUGGAAUAUUUCUUAAGCGGUAUCCUCCUGCAAGACUCUUUGUGCUUAUAUAUAUGGGAUUAUUGCAUGUAUGGGUGAUGAUAGUCCUGCUUACAUACUCACCUGAAAUACACGGCCACGAUUUUCUGUCGGAAGCCAAACCAGGAUGAUUUCUUGCUUUUCGAAAAUGCUUUGGUGUAGUACAAGCAAUGUGAAGCAAAUCUUGUAUCCAGACUGAAGCAGCUUUUUGUGCAAUAGCAUUUGAUAAUUUAUAACCAUAUAAAUAUACAUUAAAGUUUAAACGCAGUGAAACACAAA